AAGAAGCAAGUUUGCCAAGGCAAUCUGCCUUCUUUCCACCCGCCCGUCGAAAGGAAGUCCCGUUUAUUUGGUAAUUGUUUGGUGAAUAAAAACAGUGCACCGUCAGCAUGAAGUACUUGCUACUUCUGGUCGUGGGUGUAUUCCUGAUUUCAGGAAUAAACCAGGUGCGUGCGGAGGCCGACGAUGAUGAUACGUUGCCCCUGGUGGACAACAAUCUCGGUGCUUCUAAAGAAGGUUCACGAACGGAUGCCGAAGCGGUGAAGCGUGAGGAGGAAGCGAUCAAACUGGAUGGGUUGAACGUGGCGCAGAUCAAAGAGCUACGGGAGAAGUCGGAAAAGUUCACCUUCCAGGCGGAGGUGAACCGCAUGAUGAAGCUCAUCAUCAACUCGCUGUACCGGAACAAGGAGAUUUUCCUACGUGAGUUGAUCUCCAACGCGUCCGACGCCCUGGACAAGAUUCGUCUGCUCUCGCUUACCAAUCCGUCCGUGCUGGACACCAACCGUAACCUGGAGGUAAAGAUUAAGGCCGACAAGGAGGGCAAGGUGCUGCACAUCAUCGAUACCGGUAUCGGUAUGACGAAGCAGGAUCUGGUAAACAACCUCGGCACGAUCGCCAAGUCCGGCACGGCCGAUUUCCUUACCAAGAUGCAGGAAUCGAAGUCGGAGAGCGGUCAGGAUGUGAAUGAUAUGAUCGGUCAGUUCGGUGUCGGUUUCUACUCCGCUUUCCUGGUUGCCGAUCGGGUCGUCGUUACGACGAAGCACAACGAUGACAAGCAGUACAUCUGGGAGUCGGAUGCUGCCAGCUUCAGCAUCGUGGAGGAUCCGCGCGGCAACACUCUUGAACGUGGUUCGCAGGUGUCGCUCCACCUGAAGGAGGAGGCACUCGACUUCCUCGAGGACGACACGGUGAAGCAGCUGAUCAAGAAGUACUCGCAGUUCAUCAACUUCCCGAUCUACAUGUGGACGAGCAAGGAGGUGGAAGAGGAGGUGGCCGUCGAGGAGGAAGCCACCGAGAAGCCCGAGGCCAAGGAGGACAGUGCCGACGAGGAGGAAGAUGCGAAGGUCGAGGAGGAGGAUGCGUCCGAAAGUGACAAACCGAAGACGAAGAAGGUGAAGAAAACGGUCUGGAACUGGGAGAUUAUGAACGACAGCAAACCGAUCUGGACGCGCAAGGUCAGCGAGGUCACGGACGAUGAGUACACCGAGUUCUACAAAAGUCUCACGAAGGACACGUCCGAUCCGCUGACGCAUACGCACUUUAUCGCCGAGGGCGAGGUUACGUUCAAGUCGCUCCUGUUCGUCCCGAAGGUCCAGCCCUCGGAGAGCUUCAACAAGUACGGCACCAAGGCGGACAACAUCAAGCUGUACGUGCGGCGUGUGUUCAUUACGGACGAGUUCAACGAUAUGAUGCCAAACUAUCUGAGCUUCAUUCGCGGUGUGGUCGACUCGGACGAUUUGCCAUUGAACGUGUCGCGUGAAACGCUCCAGCAGCACAAGCUGAUCAAGGUGAUCAAGAAGAAGCUCGUCCGCAAGGCUCUGGACAUGAUCAAGAAGAUCGAUAAGGAGCAGUACGAAAAGUUCUGGAAGGAGUACUCCACUAACAUCAAGCUCGGAAUCAUGGAAGACCCGAGCAACCGGUCCCGGUUGGCGAAGUUGCUUCGCUUCCAGUCGUCCUCGACGAAGGACAAGGAGUUCACCAGCCUGUCGGACUACGUAUCGCGCAUGAAGCCGAAGCAGGAGAGCAUCUACUUCAUUGCCGGCCCGAGCCGCAGCGAAAUCGAAAAGUCGCCGUUCGUCGAACGUCUGCUGACCCGUGGCUACGAGGUGCUGUUCCUGGUGGAAGCCGUCGAUGAGUACAGUAUUUCCGCUCUGCCCGAGUUCGAUGGCAAGCGCUUCCAGAACGUCGCGAAGGAAGGCUUCACGCUGGACGAGUCGGAAGAAUCGAAGGCCCGCUUCGACGAGCUGAAGACCGAGUACGAGCCGCUGCUCAAGUGGUUGAACGACGUCGCUCUGAAGGACAAGAUUGCGAAGGCACAGCUCUCGGAACGGUUGGCUAACUCGCCCUGUGCCCUCGUGGCGUCGAUGUUCGGCUGGACGGGUAACAUGGAGCGACUGGCGCUGGCCAACGCGCACCAGAAGACGGACGAUCCGCAGCGCAUGUAUUACCUGAACCAGAAGAAGACGCUCGAAAUCAACCCACGCCAUCCGCUGAUGCGCGAACUGUUGCGCCGUGUCGAGGCCGACUCGGACGAUAUCGUAGCGAAGGAUAUGGCUGUGCUAAUGUUCAACACGGCCACCCUCCGGUCCGGCUUCCAGCUGCCCGAAACGGCCGAUUUUGCCGACAGCAUCGAACGCAUGAUGCGCCAAACGUUGGGCGUAUCGCUGGACGAGAAACCCGAGCAGGAGGAAUUCGUGGACGAUGCAGCGUACGAGGCCGGUGCCGGCGGUGCCGAUGCGGAGGAGGAGGAAGUUGACGCCGAUGGUGAGCAUGACGAGCUGUAAAGCGGUUAAA